AUGUCUUCUCGAAACCAAACCAAGACGCCGCGCCACAUUGUCAUUGUUGGAGGCGGCGCUGCAGGCAUGUCUUGUGCUGCAACGCUCGCCAAUCACACAGAAGACUUCAAAGUAACCCUCCUCGAAAAGAAUAGCGUCGUAGGCGGCCAAGCAACUUCCAUCCCCCUCGACGAGAAAAGAUUCGGCGCAGCGUGGAUGAACAAUGGAGUUCAAGGAGGAUCUCAAAUCUUCAAACACACCUUCAACUUCUUCAACCAAUACAACUUCCCAGCCCAGCCUCUCCAGCUCCAAGUCUCCUUCGGCAAAGGCCCAUCCGGCUUCUGGACAAACUGCUUCCCCAGCAAGCUCGUCGCCCAGCACUCCUCCGACAUCAAGCGCUUCGGCGUCUUCCUCAAGGUCGUCAAAUGGACCAUGCCCGUCCUCGGCCUCUUGCCCAUCUCCAUCAUGCUCCGCCUCUUCUUCUUCAGCAAGGACUUUGGCGACAAGAUGGUCUAUCCGCUCAUUGCCCUGUUUCUCGGGACGGGGAAUCAGACGGCAAACGUUCCCGCCGCCAUUGUUGAGCGGCUGUUUAACGAUCCUAACAUGAAGCUCUGGGAUUAUGAUGCUGACACUCUGCUGCCGAAUCAACCCACCAUGUACUCGUUUGACUGUUUACACAACUUUUACGACACAUGGAAGAAUGAUCUGGUAGCAAAGGGAGUCUCCAUUAGAACCGGCACCGAAGUCCAAAGCAUCCCAUCACGAUCCAAAAAAGGAGUCCAUCUCGUCAUCAAAGACACCAGCACCGACAACAUCACAACAGAGCACUUCGACAACCUCGUCCUAUGCGUCCUCGCCGACGAUGCCCUCCGCAUCCUAGGAAAAUCAGCAACGUGGCGCGAGAAACUCGUCCUCGGCGGCGCAUCCUUCUACGACGACCUCACAGUCACCCACCACGACUCCGAGUACUUCUCGAAGCAGUACGAAACUCGCUUCAAGCCCGAGCUAUGCGGAGACCCCAAAUCAGAAGCCCAAUGCCACCAAAUCUCCUCUGCCAAGGGAGAUUCUCCCACUCUUGGUUAUAGCGCCGGUUCAAGUUCAGGUUCACAGCAUCAGUCUUUCGAUCCCAUGUACUACACGUACACGUACCAGCAAAACCCGCGCCUCAUCGAAAUGUCUUUCAACUGCAGCAACUACCAACACCAAUUCAAGCACAACCAAGCAUCCACUUUGUCCGAAACCCCCCCUGAACCAGUCUACCAGACCAUCUUCCUCGACAAGCGAAGAAGCAAUCUUUGGACCAUCGACGGCAUCGACGAGGCCAAAAUCAUCAAGCUCAACUGGUGGCAUCAGCUCGGCCACCGCUGGCAGCAUUACGUCCGCGUCGUCCCGGGCGUCAUGUUUCUCCAGGGACACAACAAUACCUAUUUCGCCGGAUCAUGGACUCUAGUGAACAUGCACGAAGUCGCCUGCAUCAGCGGCAUAGCAGCCGCCUACCGCCUCGGCGCAGCAUACCAAAAGUUCGACGACUUCGCCCAAGACUUCUUCGCCAAGUACCUCCUCGUCUCCCACGGAAAACUCUUUUCGCGCGAAGAAAAGAAGAGGAGAAAGCAAAAGGCCGUCUAG